UAUAUAUUUUACACGCAAUGACAGAAGUAGAUAGCAAUUCUUAGCAUAGCACUGUUCGUUUCCCAAGAAAAAGAUUACAAAAAAUGGAAGCUUUAGUAUGCAGAAAGAUCGGCGACCCAACAAUCCGACCGAACUCGGACGAUUCUCCACUCACCUAUUCAACAUCCCAUCCGAUCCCGGAACUCGUCUCGCCGAACUCAGUCCGAGUCCGGGUCAAAGCCACGAGCUUGAACUUCGCCAAUUACCUGCAAGUCCAAGGGUUGUACCAAGAGAAGCCUCCGUUGCCGUUCAUCCUUGGCUCCGAUUACUCGGGAAUCGUCGACGCCGUCGGCCCCAAAGUCACUAAAUUCAGGGUCGGCGACCGUGUGUGCUCUUUUGCCGCGCUUGGUUCAUUUGCCCAAUUCAUCGUCGCCGAUGAAUCCGAUUUGUUUCGAGUGCCUGAUGGUUGUGAUCUAGUUGCGGCUGCUGCACUUCCUGUGGCAUAUGGAACAUCACAUGUAGCCCUAGCUUACAGGGCGCAGUUGCGUCAGAACCAGGUUUUGCUGGUUCUUGGAGCAGCUGGAGGUGUUGGGGUUUCAGCAGUACAGAUUGGAAAGGUUUGCGGAGCUACUGUUAUUGCUGCUGCGAGGGGAGCUGAGAAGGUGGAUUUUUUGAAGUCGAUGGGUGCUGAUCACGUAGUUGAUGUGAGCAAGGAUAACGUUAUUGAGAAUGUUAGGGCGUUUCUAAAGUCAAGAAAGCUCAGGGGGGUUGAUGUCUUGUAUGAUCCAGUAGGGGGAAAGCUUUCGAAAGAUAGCUUGAAACUGUUGAAUUGGGGAGCACAGAUUUUGGUUAUUGGGUUUGCGAGUGGACAAGUGCCCGUCAUCCCAGCAAAUAUUGCUCUCGUUAAGAACUGGACAAUACACGGACUCUACUGGGGAAGCCAUAAGAUACACCGCCCAGCUGUGCUUGAAGAUUCUCUCAACGAGCUAUUAUCUUGGUUGUCGAGGGGCUUGAUUACCAUAAACAUCUCUCAUACUUUCGGCCCAUCAGAGGCCAAUCUCGCUUUCUCUGCCCUCAAAGAUAGGAAGGCGAUCGGGAAGGUGUUGCUUACUUUUGGCGAUGGCAAGACCGUCGGGCAAUCUAAGCUUUAGAUGUUUCACCAUGUAGUCAUGGAGCUCCUGCCAGCACUGCUCCAAGGACAUCCUUGAAAAUAAUCAAGUUUUAUAAGAUAAUAAUAAAUAAUACGAAGUAUAUGUGUUAUUA